GCAGUUCCUGUCAUUCCCCACGUGCAAGGAGAAAGGGCUGUUCUCUGGUACAUACAGAGAGUGUGGGUUUGUUCAGCAGACUGCUUUUUGUUAAAAGCACAUUCUGGUCCUCCCUUAACAGAAGCAGCAAUGGAGGCGGAUUAGACCCAAACCCCGGGCUGCACAUUAUUUUCCUGGCACAUCCGAAACAGCAAAACAAAAGAGAAAAAAACUCGCCAUAACGUAACGGUCAACGCAGCCCGAGAAGGAGAAAAUAAUGAUCAGGGAUUGAGCUGGGAAAUUGAAUGUAAGGUCCGCUAGCACUAACAUGGGAACCAGGGCAUUAUCACAUGACAGUAUUUUUAUCCCAGAGGGCUCAACAGGCGAUGGAGCAAUGGCAGAAGUGACAUCCCAAGAAAACUUCCCAGGAAAAGUGCGAACCCUUCAGCAUCAACUAGCAAAAGAUAUUAAAUUUGGCCAGCACCCCUUGACUCUCACUGGGAAAAGAAUGGAAGAUACUGGAGCUAACUCAGAGGUUGAUCAAUUUCUCCGCAGUCCAUUGGAACAACCUGCUCUGCAGGAUACCAAAUUUCCAGCCUCAACACCUAAGUCCAAUGACCCAUCCAAUCGGCUUAGUUCCUUGAGUUUAGAUGAAACAAGAGUUGAAGCAGAAGAGCAGGUUUCUACUGUUCGACCCUUAUGGCCCAGUAGAUCUCUGUCAUUAGUGACUUCUGGUGGGACCAUUGAAUCGAUUAACCUGGAUGCUGUUCCACAGUCUGUGAGACGCCUGGACAACACAGCAGCGAAACAUAAACUCUCUGUCAAGCCAAGAAAUCAAAGAAUCUCAAAGAAACAUGGGAGACUUGCACAGGAAAUGCGGAGUGUGACGAUCCAUGAAUUUGACUUUGCGCUGGAAGAGAAGGAGACGAUUUUUGUGGCGAAGGACCUAAAAUAUUACAAAAGGGAAGAGGAUAAAGGACAAGGAGAGACAAGCCAUCUUAAAUUUGGGAAGGAAAGAUGCAGAAAUGAAAUAAUGGUGCAAAAUAGGCAGGAAGCAGAGCAAAGCCAUUCUGAAUUGGAGGGCCAAAAGAGACAGGAAGAAGAACAAGAGGAAACUGAAGAACAAAUAAUACAAGAGGAAGAUCGGAUACAUUAUGAAAUGGAAAAACCGAAACUAAAUGAGGAAGAAUUAAGUGGGGAAGAACAGAAAUGUGUUGAAUUCGAGGAGCAGCAAGCACAUGAGAAGGAACAAAAAUAUUAUGAAAUGGAGCAGCAAGAAAUACACGAGGAGGAGCAAAAAUGUGGUGAAAUGGAGAAACAAAAGUUGUACACGGAAGAUCAGAAAGAUCACGAAUUGGAAGACCAGAAAUUACAUGAAGAAGCAAUAGGUGAAACAGAAGAGCACACACCAUUUGAGGAAGAGCAAAACAAUGAAGUGAAAGAGCAAACGUUGGGUGAGGAAGAAGAAAAAUGUGAACUGAAGGAGAACAGAUUAUAUCAGGGUGAAAAAAGAUGUGAUGAAAUGGACAAACCAAAAAGUGACACAGAAAAGCAAGGUCAUGAGUUGAUGGAGUUGGAAAUGAAGAAAGAGGAACAAAAGUGCUUUGAGGUAGAAGGCCUGAGGAAAGAAGAUUUAUAUUUCCAUGCUGCUGAAAACAACCAACCGAAUGAAGAGCCAAGAAAACACAAUUUGGAAGAACAGAAAGAAAUAGAAAGACAGCAUGAUUUGAAGAAACAACAAAGGGAAAAACAGAGUCAAAAGGAUGCUGAGCCGUUAAAUCAAGAAAAGCAGCAAUUCCUUGAGGCACAGGAAGAGGAGCAACGUAGAGGGGAACUUAGAUGGAAAGAGGUAGAUCAAAGACAAACAUCGUCAACUCCCUUUUCAUUCCAAGUUUCUUCAGGAGAAAAGCAAAUCAUUUUUCAGAAAGUUAAUCUGACCCCUGUGACCCAUCCAAGAGAAGCUGUUCCUUCUUCAGAUGUGAAUGAGCUACAGGCCUCUACAAAGUCAAGUAAUGGCCUUUCAUCUUCAAUUUACGUUCCCCAUACAGCCAUUUUGGUUACAGGAGCACAGCUUUGUGGUACAGCUGUUGAUCUGAAACAGAUCAAAGACACAGCUUGUAAGACGUUGCUUGGCUUUUCAGAAGAGAGAAAAACGAUUGAUUUACCACCAGUUGAAAAGCCAACUAAAUCCAAUCAGGGUGCCAGAAGUAGAAUUGGCAAAUCCAAAUUCAAUCCAGAACCAUCAGUCGAGCAGGCAAGAUCAACAGCUUUAACUGAGUGGGCUGCCAUUAGGGCGAAAAUUCUUAAAAGUUCGGAUGAAAGGUUUCAAGAAAGAAGAGUACAUGGGAGAUUUAGUGAUGACUGGACUACCUUCAGAUCUUCCAGUAUGCAUAGCAGCUUGAGAAAAACUUUAUCUGCGAAUGCAAAAUUCUCCAUAACACCUGCAUGGCAGAAAUGGGCAGAUGGCAAUAAAAUCAGCAAUUCUGAGAAAAUGAGUAUCUCCCACAAAGCAGAGAAACAAACUACACCUGAGGAAACUGUAUUUGCACAUAUUUGCGCUUUGGAGUCUUCUGAACCUAGUGGGCUAUUGACGUCUGAAAACAUUGCACAGGAUGCAGCCAAAGACACACAAGAUGACUCGCAUUCGGAUAAUCAUAAUAUUAGGACAGGAGAUGCUGCUGAAGGUUACAAAUUUGCCAAAGAUCUUCCAUCGUUUCUAGUUCCAAGUCUUCCUGCUGUGCAAAGGAAAGAGCAUUCACUCCUGCAAGCUCAACCUCCCGUUACUAACCAAACUGCUACAAAUGUGAUCACACAAACCGAAGGGGCAAUGGAUACGUCCCCAUUUGGUAUAAAAUUACGGAGGACCCACUAUUCCCUUCGGUUCCACUAUGAACAGCAAGGAGAACAAAAACGGAAGAAACGGUAUAGUGCUGGAGAUAGUAUGGAAGGAAUUCCAGCAUUCCUGGCCUCAAAAGAAAAAGAAGGUGAAUCAUACACAGUUUCUGGUAAGCAAUUCUCUUAUAACAAAGAUAAUAAGGUUGGUAACAUUUUGAAAGACAGCUCAAAUAGCAUUUCAGACAUUUCACAGACUGGGAUUACGCAUCUAAGUAGCAUUGAUGUGGCAAAACAUGUUAAAAAUAAACUUGCUGCACGUUCAAAUGAGAAAGUUUCAUCAAGGCCACAACCAUCUCAGAAACCUGCUUUAGCACCCAAGCCUACACGGUUCACUCCACCUCCGUCCCCUCACAGUACCUUAAACAAGAGUGCAGAUCACAAAAACACAAAGAAUCUACUUGAUUCAAAUGUGAGAAAAGAAGAUGAGAAGAAUGACACCUCAGUUCAAACAUACAGAGUAAAGAAUGAAGAAGUGGAAACAAAGGAUAGAAAAUCUUUUUUCCCAUCCAUCAACAUUCCAUGGAGAGAGAGGGCAGACAAAAAGUCAGACUCCAUUAAGAAAGAGAAACCUGUUCUUCAGAGCAGACAUUCUCUGGACAGCUCAAGGCUUGUGGACAGGGUGGAAUCUUCCCAGCCUCUGUGGAUCACCCUGGCGAUGCAGAAGCAGAAAGGAUUCCGUGAGCAGCAGGCCAGCCGAGAAGAGAGAAGACAAGCCAGAGAAGCAAAGCUAGCAGAGAAACAGACUAAAGAAAAUACAAUUGUGUCCAGCUCUGUGGACAAUAAAGGAGGCAAUCACUACAUGAGUACACUGCAGAAAUCCAGUCAGGAUGAAGAAAAGAAAAUUGGGAACAAUAUUGUGUCUAAAGUGGAACGCCGUGAACUCCUGAAAAAAUCUUCCACACUUCCAAAUUCUGUCACAGUUGAAAUAUGUGAUUCAAUGGGAUCAAGUCCACAAGUGAAAGAAUUACCGAAGAGAUUCUCAACUCCUGAUGCUGCACCAGUAUCUGUGGAACCUGCCUGGCUUGCACUUGCCAAAAGAAAAGCUAAAGCUUGGAGCGACUGUCCUCAGAUAAUUAAAUGAACUCAAAUGGUUUGGGAACUACCACUAUAUGUUGUAUAGCUUUCACUAAACAAGAAGUGCUAAAGUGUAUUUUUUUCAAAAUAGAUUAAAAUCAUAAAAAAGCACUAUGUUGUGCUGCAUACAUCACAUUUCUCAGUAUAUCAAGAAUGCAAAUGACAUGUAGCUUGUAAUUGUAAAUCUUGAUCAACAUUCUCUGUAGUUCCCCAAUAUUGUUUGUAAAUUGAACAUACACGAAAAGAAAUUGCCACUGCAUAAUUUAACUAUCUCAGUCCUCAACUGUGUACGGUAUUGUCUCCUCCUGUUCUUACCACUUCAAACCCCAACUUGCUUUCAAACCUUUUCAGAGAAUAUUCUUCUUACUCUAAAAUAGCUCAAAUUUUGACUUGUAUUAUAGGGUCGACUAAAUGUUGUCCUAAUAUCCUUCAAUAAAAUACUAAAUAUUUUCAUAACUUGACUGUAAAUUAAACUCGAUUUUAAUUUUAGCAUUUAGUUAAAUUAUAUUUUUGGAUUGGACUUUGGCAUGAUGCACAUGCUUGUGAUUCUAGUACAAGAAAAAGUUGUUUUUUCAAGUAAUGCUAAAAAAACAAGAAACGAUUAUUUAUUUUGAAUUGUUGGUUAAUAUAGCCAACAUUUAAAACAGGAAAUAUAGUAAUAUAGAUUAAAAGACAAAAUUAAAUUUCCUUGGUGAAAGUUAAACCAGUUUGCAUACAGUAGUUAACGAGUCAUGGAAAAAUAGUGUCCCACUCCAUUCCACCCUAACCACUGCCCCAAUCUUCUAAUUUAAUUUGUUCAGUUAAUGUGUUUUAUCUACCCUGUUGGACAGAAUUUGGGUAAGACAUGAUAUAUGUACAGUAACUGACAUUUUCCACAUUAGAUGCUGUGUGAAUAUUUCCUCUGCCCGUUGGUGGGCUGGUUACUUUAAUCUGUCUCAGAUUGUUUGAAGAUAUGCUUUUCUUACUCUGUGGGACAGUCUCCUUUGAAGGAACACGAUUGAAAAAGGAUACAAGGGAUGAAUUUCUGCGGGGCUUCUUUUAUAAAUUUGAGUUGAUAAGCCAGGAAAAUCCUGUAAAAAUUGCAGAAAUACCAGUUGUGGAUUUCCACCUCUGCUUUGCUUAAAUUCCCGCAGAUUAGUGAGAAACCUAUGUAAAUUUGCUCUCAUUUGUCCAAACAGUCCACUCGUCACUGUCUUGGUGUAGCUGGUGUGUUAGUCUUCAAGUUGCAGCAAAAUCUGGAUAAAAUCUGACAAGCGGCAAGUAACAUUUGUGCCACAUAAGUGUUAGUAAAUGACCAUCUCCAACAAUGAACAUUACUGUUGACCAUCAGCUGAUUUACUAAAUUAACAUCCUGGUGUUUACCAUCGAGUAGAAACUGAACUGAACUAGCCAUAAAGAUACUGUGAUUAUAAGGGACAGGUCAGAGGCCAGGAAGCCCAUAUCAGAUAACUCACCACCUGACUCCCCAAACUGCCCAGCACCUACAGGGCACAAGUCAAGAGUGUGAUGAAAUAUUCCCUAUUUGCCUGAUUUGAGUGUAGGUCCAACAAAAGUCAAGAAGCUGACACCAUCUAGCAUAGAUCACUUGACUAAAUCACAUGCACAAACAUUCGCUUCUUCCACCACCAAUACUUAGUAGGAGCAGUGUAUACCAUCUACGAGAUGCAAUAAAGAAAUUUAGCACCUUCCAAGCGCUUGCCAACGUGCAUCUAAAAGGAUAUUGGGCAGCAGAUACAUUGGAGCAACAGCCCUUGCAGGUUUCCCUCCAAGCCACUCACCAUCCUGACUUGGAAAUAUAUCACUUUUCCUUCAGUAUUGCUAGUCAAAGUCCUGAAACUCCCUAUUUAAGGGCAGUGUGGGUCUACCGACACCAAAUGGACAGAUCGUUUGUCAAGUUCUCUUCUGAAUACUGAAAAGAGGAAGAAGCAGCUUCAGGGCUUUUUGUCUUUUUAUCUCAUAUUCCCAUAAUAUUUCAUCAAAGCAAAUUUGUUUCUUAAUCUGAAUGCAGUUAAAUUGGAGAUUUGUAAAUUGAUUCAUUUUUAUGUGUUAUAUCAAUUCUUAGUGGUUCUUUACCAAUAUCCCAUCAUGUUUUGGGACUUCCUAAAACAUCCAUAGUCCAAGUAAAUUGAAAUUCAGUAUCUAUAAAAUAUAAACUUUAAACUGACAUUAAAAUCCGUUAAACCUAUAUUUCUGCAGGCACAAAUCAGCAUAAAGUAAUAGUCUAAUGGAAAAUAACAGACAUUGGAAAAAUCUACAUUUAUAACAUCGAGUGUAUUAUUAUCUUCUGGUAGCCUUUAAGAUGCCGUGGAGCCAUUAAAAAGAACUCUUGAAAUAGGUUUGCUAAUAGGACCAUAAGACAUAGGAGUGGAAGUAAGGCCAUUCGGCCCAUCGAGUCCACUCCACCAUUCAAUCAUGGCUGA